GGGCACGUGGCAUGAUGUGAAGCCGUCCGUUGCACGGCGGUGCGUCGGACACUCCGCUAUCGUGCGCAAGUUGACGAGCUUUGGGUAGUGCAUCCCUUUGUCCCAGCGGGAACUUUGCCGCCGUAGUCAUUGUUACAUUGUUGGCGUUCGUGUUUCUAAGCUUUACCUCACAGUCGUCGGAUCUUGCCCGGAGACUCGCGUUUUUGCGCUUCUGCCUUUUUUGGACCGCUUACUUGCGUACGACCUUAGCCUGGAAUAAAACCACCCUCGAUAUCGUGCCCUCGCCUCGGAGUCCUGCAAUCUGGUGCGGUCCCCGGCUUCGUACCCACGACAACAGAAGCGAAUACUGAAGAUCUCCACAAAGACGCAACGGCGUUUUCCACACUAGCGUAGGAACUGUAACGUCUCGUGAAGAGCUGGAUGAGGUGGCUGGGGAAAGGGAAGUGUGGGUGUCCCUGCAAAAGAUUUUGGAUGGAUUUCAAUCAAGUUCGCCAUUUGUUGAUUUGUGGCCCGCUUGCAUUUGCCAGAGGAACGACGUACGACGCAGAGAGCGAACUCGAAUGAUUUCAAUGGCAGGUCGCUUUCACUAGCGGCCCUUUCUUCGAGCUAAGGGCUAACGUUGAGCCAGUGAAGCGCACAUUUAAAAAUAAAUGUGUAUAUACAUAUGUAGAGCAUUGGCCCCACCUCCGCUUUCCUCCCACAUCCCCAAAACAUGCUCGGAGACUCUGAAUGGAUGGGUUUCCAAUGACGCCAUCUUGUGUGUCACAGAUGUGAGAAGACAGCUGAUAGAUCAAGCGUGAAGUUUUUUUGUUUCUAUCGUUAAUUUAUCCGAUUGGUGGUGACGUCAUUGACCGUCGGUGCAACUGUUGUCUGGAAAAAGAAGUGAACGAAUCUUAAGAAACGGUCGUGUCCAUCACUCCAGUCCAAGCAAAGGGAGGAAGCAGAGCCGUUUUUUCUCCCACGGGACCUGAACGCCUCCCUCCGGAAGCCUGCGAGGCUCAAACGAGCUCCACUCGCGUCUUCAUGUUUUAAUACGGCGAGAGAAGGAGCCGACGCUACUUUGACGCCGAAUCACGGGAAACGACUGGCUGCCGCGAGGCGAGGCGAGGCGAGCCGGGCCCGUCGACGGCGACGGACUCUCGCCGGGCAAGCGGGCGGGCCGGUUCGGGGCUGCUAGUGGAUGCUACGUGGGCACAAGAAGAAGAAGAAGAAGCAGGAGGAGAAGAAGAAGAAGCAGGAGGAGGAGGAGAAGGAGGAGGAGGAGGAGGAGAAGAAGAAGAAGCAGCAGGAGGAGAAGAAGAAGAAGAAUUAAGACGCUUCCGUGGACAGUCGACCCGGAUUGGAAUGAGAUUUUUGCUUUUGCUUUGUUGGAGCGUUGUGAAUUUUCAUGUUCUUUGACGGGAAGGAUGGCAGGUCGGAGCCGCAGAGCUUGGUUCAGCGUCCUCGUGGGUCUGGUGCUCGGCUUCACGCUGGCCUCCAGGCUCAUCCUGCCCAAGGCCGCCGUGCUCACCAAAGCCAACGCGGGCGGCUGCGGCGGCGGAAGCGCAGGCGGCGCCCUGCGACCUCCUCGGGACGGCGGCCCGCCGGCCACGGAAGCGACGGCGGCGGCCGCGAGCUCCGGUGACUUCCUGUUCGUCGGUGUCAUGACCGCGCAGAAGUACCUCAACAGCCGCGCCGUGGCCGCGCACAGGACGUGGGCCCAGAGCAUCCCGGGCCGGGUGGAGUUCUUCUCCAGCGAGGGCUCGGACACGUCGGCGCCCGUCCCGGUGGUGGCGCUGAGCGGCGUGGACGACUCGUACCCGCCUCAGAAGAAAUCCUUCAUGAUGCUGAAGUACAUGCACGACCACUACCUGGACAAGUACGAGUGGUUCAUGCGGGCCGACGACGACGUCUACGUCAAAGGCGAGCGUCUGGAAAGCUUCCUGCGGGGACUCAACAGCAGCGCGCCCGUCUUCCUGGGCCAGACGGGCAUGGGCGCCCGGGACGAGCUGGGCAAGUUGGCCCUGGAGCCCGGCGAGAACUUCUGCAUGGGCGGGCCCGGAGUCAUCAUGAGCCGAGAGGUUUUGCGGCGCGUGGUGCCGCACGUGCGCCAGUGUCUGCGGGAAAUGUACACCACGCACGAGGACGUGGAGGUGGGACGCUGCGUUCGCCGCUUCGCCGGCGUCCAGUGCGUCUGGUCCUACGAGAUGCAGCAGCUGUUCUACGAGAACUACGAGCCCGACAAGAAAGGUUUCAUCCGCGAGCUGCGCAACAGCAAGAUCCACCGAGCCAUCACGCUGCACCCCAACAAGAACCCGGCCUACCAGUACCGGCUGCACGGCUACCUGCUGAGCCGGCGGAUGGCGGCGCUGCGCCACCGCACCGUCCGCCUCCACCGGGAGACGCUCCAGAUGGCCGGCCUGGGGGCCCCCGAGCCGGGCCGCGAGGAGCGCCGGCUGGGGGCGCCGCCCUCCUUCAUGAGGUUCCGCCCCGGGCGCCGUCGCGACGUGCUGGAGUGGGACUUCCUGGGCGCCAAGCACCUCUUCUCCGCCUGGGACGGGCAGCCGCCCCGACGCGCCACCGACGCCGCGCAGCGCCGGGCCCUGGACGACGUCGUCAUGCAGGGACAAACACGGUGGCGACCAGUCAGAGGACAGCGUGUGGGGGCGAAAUCAUCCUGCGGCGGUCCGGACGCAAAAAGUGCCGGUGAUGGAGAUGAUCAACGCCAACGCCAAGACCCGCGGCCGCGUCAUCGACUUCAAGGAGAUCCAGUACGGCUACCGGCGGGUCAACCCGCUGCACGGCGCCGAGUACGUGCUGGACCUGCUCCUGCUCUACAAAAAGCACAAAGGCAAGACGCUGACGGUGCCGGUGCGCAGACACGCUUACCUGCAGCAGACCUUCAGCCGGAUCCAGUUCCGCGAGGAGCGGCCCACGGACGCCGCCGCCCUGGCGGCGCGCCUCAACCGGGACUCGGACUCGGACUCGCUGUCCUUCCUUUCGCCCCUGAAGAUGCUGGUCCCGUUCAAGCUGGCGGCGCCGGCGGCGGCCCGCGAGGGUCCCGCCGAGGCCCGGGACCGGAAGGUCAACGUCCUGGUGCCGCUGUCGGGCCGCUACGAUACCUUCGCGCGCUUCAUGGCCAACUUCGAGCGCGUGUGCCUGAUCCCCAAGCAGAACGUCAAGCUCCUGGUUCUGCUGUUCAGCGCCGACAACACCACGGAGCGGGUCAAGCAGGUGGAGCUGAUGCGCGAGUACCACAUCAAGUACCCGCGGGCCGAGCUGGAGAUCAAGGCCGUCGCCGGCGCCUUCUCGCGGGCGCUGGCCCUGGAGGCGGGCUCGGGGCACUUCUCCAACGAUUCGCUGCUCUUCUACUGCGACGUGGACCUGGUCUUCACCGCCGACUUCCUGCAGCGCUGCCGGGCCAACGCGGCGCCGGGUCGCUCCGCCUACUUCCCGGUGGUCUUCAGCCAGUACGACCCGGAGGUGGUGUACGGCGGCAAGGCGCCCCCCGCCGGCGCCAACCCCUACGCCUUGACCGCCAAGACGGGCCUGUGGAGGAACUUUGGCUUCGGCGUGGCCUGCGCCCACAAGGGGGACCUGCUCCGGGCCGGGGGCUUCGACACCUCCAUUCGGGGUUGGGGGCUGGAGGACGUGGACCUGUUCGACAAGCUGGUGCGCUCGGGCGCCGCGCUGUUCCGCAGCGCCGACCCGGGGAUCGUGCACGUGCACCACGCCGUGACCUGCGACCCCAACCUGGAGCUCAAGCAGUACAAGAUGUGCUUGGGCUCGAGGGCGUCGUCACGGGGCUCCGCCCAGCAGCUGGCCCAGCUCUGGUUGGACAAGAACCGGGCCGGCGGCGCACCCGCCAACUCCUCGCUCAGGACCGCCUGAUGCCGGAUCUGGACCUGAUUGAAGUUUUUGCUUUUUCAAGAUUUUUUUUUUUUCUUUUUUUUUUCUUUUUUAAAGCUGGCUCUCGCUGCCACCGUCGGUGGCUUGGUUGUCGUGUACCUCGGCGUCGGGCGCCACGUUUACAAACAUUUUGGAUUUGAUUCCGGGGCCUUUUUUUGUGAGCUGAAAUCUGACUGACUGGCGAAGGUUUCGGGCGAGAUGAGCCGCUGUUGCCAAAUCUGAAGAGACUGGAGAAGCUGCCGUAAGCCUCGGCUCGCGCUCCGACGCUCACGCGCACCGAUGUCGCUCCGUAGGCCACGCCCCAAUAUGAAUGUAGCCGUCCGUACGAUUUCAUAUUGACGAUGCGGAAAAUGCACAACCGUAACUUAAAUGUAAAAGUGGAUGAUUGCUUUCUUUUUCUUUUUUUUUUGCGAAGACUUGGGUGAGGGUUAAGGAAGUCAAGCGAGCUUGAAUUGCUUCCGGAAAAGUCGAGUCUGCGUUCGUCGUGUUUUUUUUUGUUUAAUCCGUGUGAACGACCGCGACACCUGCUGGACUUGCCGACGUCUUAAUUUAUUGAUUUUGUUGGACCUUUGCAACUGUCACCAAAGAGCAAAAUGUUUUCCCAAAAAUGCUAAAUGUUUUGUUGGCGAGUUGGCAGCUUUUGGGUUGGUCCACGCGUGACAACGCAAAGACUGAAUGAUGUCAUUCUUGUUUUUGUAUGAUUUAUUUUUAUCUUUCAACUUUGUCAAAAGUGCAAAGUUUUUCUAUUUAAAAGAAUAAAGUGUGGGAAAGUC